UACGCACUUCGCAGGGUUCCCGCGCGGCGCUGCUGAUGACCAGGGACGCGAGCAGCCCGAGGGACAACCGCGCCGUUACUGCGCGCUCGCCUCGCGCACCCUCCCCCCAACACCUCGGAGCCCCGAGGAUGCGGAAACUCGGGCGCGAUUGGCCGGGCAAAAGCUCAGUUACCGUGUUUGAAAGGCCCAAUCAGCGCCCAGCCUCUCCACGCUAGCCAAUGGGAAACCGGAGGGGCGGGCCGGAAGGGCGGGGUCUCUAUUUGAACCUGGACGCGGGGAAAGGCUCCCGGGACGAUUUCCUGCAGGAAUCCUGGUUUGGGUCUCCGUGCGCCAUGGAGGUCGAGGUCUCAGGGGAUGACGUGCUGAUGCAGAAGCUCAAGAAAAGCCGCCACCGCUUCCAGAGGCACAUGCAGCAGCUGCUGGAGAAGUACAACCAACCCUUCCAGGAUGCCCCGGUGGUGCAAAUGUCCACGCUGACCUACGAGACGCCCCAGGGAUUGAGAAUUUGGGGUGGAAGACUAGAAAAGGAGAAAAGCAAAGGACAAAUCCAGGGCUCCCCGGAGCACAUAGUCGGCAGGAAAGAUGGCACCGUGCAAGCCACAGCUGGAGGUGACGAGCUGCCCGUGCCCUACACACAGGACCUGGGAGAGGAUUCAAAAAGCAGUGAUGUUGAUGCAACUUUAUACCAGGAAGAUCUGGCUGCUGGGGCCUUAAUGCCUGCAGUGCCUUGGAGCCCUUUGAAAGAUGAGUUAAGAAGGAAAUACUUGACCCAAGUGGACAUACUGCUACAAGAUAAAGGAUGUGCAGAGUAUGAUCAUGGAGACGGAAACGACACAUGUGUGACCCUGGUCCCUUCGCUGGCCUCGCCUCCCAGGCCUGCCCAUGGAUACUGUGGCCAUGUCUCUGAAGACAGUCCUUUUGAGCCAGCUGCAUCUUCACGCCUUUGCUCCCCAGACACGGUCAUAGUGCCCAGAAAUGACAGUGUCUCAUUGCAAGAGACCAGUGGUCACAGCUUCUUGAGCAGCCAGUCCUUUGUGGCUGGUGACAUUUGCAACGUGACCAUCAGUGACCUGUAUGCGGGCAUGCUGCACUCGAUGAGCCGGCUGCUCAGCUCAAAGCCCUCGUGCGUCAUCUCCACCAAAACCUUCAUUGUUCGAAACUGGGGCUCUCGGAGGAGACACGGGUGCAAGAGCAGAAUGAACAGAACAUAUUGCAGAGGCGGCAGGCACGCACGGAGGGACUCCCAGGAGACACUCGUGCCCUGCUCUGAGCCUGUGAAAGAGGUGGGGGUUUUAAGAGAGAGCCAGAACUUCCGAGAUCUUUCUGGCCAGAAGGCAGGAUUGAAAUUGGAAAAAGCUUUUCCUGAAGUAAACAAACUCCAAAUCUCAAAGGAGCUUAAGGGAACACCCCGGAAGUUGUCUUCAUUAACUUAUGUGGACUCUAGUGUAACACAUCGUCUUGAUCGGGAAAAUAGAUUAAUGACAUUAAAGUGGUUAAUUUCUCCUGUAAAAGUAGUUUCCAGAUCAAGAACGCUGCAGGGCCAGGGAGGGAAUCAUUACAGGGCGUUCGAUAGCAAAUUUAAGAAACUUCACCAGGAAUAUUGCCAAAGCCCCAGGAAGCAGCUAGGCCUGACCUACCUCCCCAGCUCCUCCUUUGGGGUCGAUGUGCUCAGAAGUGGUCUAGCAAGCCCCAGGAGCCCCCAGGGCUUAGAAACCCACCGGCCAAGUAGACCUCUCAGCAAAGCAAAAGUGAAGAGUCUAAAUGAGGCUUUUAAAAACCUGGGCAAACAGGCUAUUGACACAGGAAGAUGCCUGCCCCAAAGUGAUUCAUCUGCAUCAUUUUCCAAGACCGACCCCACAUGGAGCCCAGGCUGCUCUGACCCCCCAGCUGAUCUUUUCCGAGAAAAUCCUCUUGGAAUACUUAGGGAGUCAGUGGCACUCAGCAAAGCUAUUUCAGUGCCCGGGGUACAUCCUCUAGGCUCUGCAAGAGAUCGUUACGAUGGAAUCAAGGAGAAAUUUGACCAGCUGCAUCAGCAGUAUUGCCAAAAAUCACCUCAGCGGGCGAAGGUGCCUUCUUGUGCCGAAGCAUCUCCAGAUGAAGCAAGUGUGAAAGUUCAGAAUCAGACAGAAGCCUUCUUUAAAAAAUUAGAUCCAGACUCUGGCUUACUGGGACCCCGAAAAUUGUCACCGUCACUGCAGCGGAGCAUCAGAAGUUCACGGGACUCGACCACAGUUGAGCUCCAUCCAUCUCCGUGGUUCGAGCUGGCCGCCAGCUGUGGGCCUCAGCCCCACGCGAAAAGACGCCGCUUAUCAGACCCUCAGGUGUGUGGAAGGUGGGCAGAGUCCCAGGAUCCCUCUCGCAUGGUGGACCCGGCCAUCCCGAGGCCAGGGGAAGAGGUCUGCUCUUCCCCCGACUGGAAAGGGAAGAGGAAAGAGCACAUCUUUCAGGAUGGAAGAUAAGUGAUUUUGUGUUAGAAAACUCGAAGCUAAAAAUCUACAAUCAAGUUUUUUAGGGCAUUGUCCCACUGCCCCUUUAUUCUGUUUGUGUUUGUGCGUGUUUUUUUUAAUUCUCAAGACUUAGAAAUUGCUUCAGUUAUCUCCCCUUCAAAGCAGAUUUCAAUGAAAUUGGUUUCAUUGACAUGACUGACAGGUUCUUGGUAUAGAAAUUAUUGGAAUAAGGUUGCUCAAUGAAAAGUAUUAAUGGUAUCCUUUUGGGGCUAUUUUGCUCAUGUUUUCUUUGCUAAAUUUGGAUGUGCCAACAUCUCUUAUACUUCCCAUUUCCUGGGAGAAAUUGUUUGCUUUGAAAUACAAGUUUAAGCUCUGGGUACUGUGAUCUCUGAAGGAAAAUUCAGCUGCGUAGUUUUUAAAAUUCGGACCUGAGACUUGGCACCUUCCACGUGAGGAGGCAGCACAUUGGAGCACAGUCACCCAGACAAAGUCAUUUUCUGUGUUUUUAGAGGAAAGCAUGCUGUAGUGAAGCAUUCUUGUGAUGUUCCCCAAGUAUUCUUGUAGCCACAUGGUAGCCAUGACAUCUGACUCUUAUCGGAGCGGUUGAUAGCGGUUGAUAACAGAAUGUCUUCGUUAAUAAAAUAUUUCAAGUAUUCAGAACACAGUGACCAAACCCAGGUUGAGUAAUUGUUAUGCUGCCAUGUGCUAUGGAUUUCUUAUUUUAAAUAAAAUAUUACAGAUAAGAUUAGAUGUCUUCCCUAGGCUGUCACUGUCCUCAUAAUAAUGUGUACCCUUUUCCCCCCACAUCUGUGCCCUGGGACCUCAUGACCUAUGUGUAUUAGCUCAGGCCGCAUCACAAAGUACUACAGCUGGGUGGUUUAAACAACAGAAAUUUAUUUCCUGGUUCUCAGGCUGGACGUCAGAGGUCCAGGUGCCAGCAUGGGCUCCAAUAAGGACCCUUCCUGGAUUGCAGGCGGCGCCUCCUCACCGUGUCCUCACAUGGCAGACAGAGCGGGUGCUGUCAUAAAGGCACUAAUCCCAUCAUCAAGGCCCCAUCUCGGGCGCUCGCACUGAGGUUAGGGUUUCCAUGUGUGAAGUUGGGGAGACAUGUUCAGUCCAGAGCCCUGUGAAUCAGUAAGGAGGACUAGCAGGGGGUGCUGACUGGCUCAGACAAGGCUGGAGUGGCCCCUGCAGUUCUAGACCUUUCUUCCUUACCAGGAAAACUAUCAUUCUUGCCCCAAUCUGCUCGUGCCUUGGCUCACCCCAACCAGUGGGCCUGUGCUGAGGUCUCUGGCCAGGCCUCGCUGCUAGAGAGCCUAGAAAUUCAGGGUUUGAUGUCCUAUUAUCUAGCAGAGGGAGGUAAGGCAAAAGGGACUGGGCUUGCAUCUCAGCCAAUUUACAGCUCUGCCAAUAACGGACCCAUGAACUGUACAGAAUGGUGCCCUCUAAUGCAGCAGUCGCCAACCUGUGGUCCGUGAGGUCCGAAAGGUUGGCGACCGCUGCUCUAAUGUGUGUCACAUUUGGCUGGUAGAUGCCUUCUUUCCCUAUAAGAGUGGGGGCCCUGGGGCAGGGCCUGCACAGUAACCCGGCUCUCUGCCUGGCACAGCCAUGGGCAGUGGACACCAUCAGCAUGGAUGGGACCUAAAUGCCAGUGAAGACAAAGGUGGAUUCUGAUGCUUGGGGCUGCUGUUCUCUACAGUUUCUUGCUAGAAACAAUGACCUCUCCCUUUGCCCUGCUGUCCUGACUCUGGGAUAUCGUCACCUUACAGCCAAGAGUCUGCAUCCACGUGGCAAUGGAGGUUUAUUUCAGUGGAAAGGAGGGGACACUGAUUAUCUCAGAACAAUGCUUUCCUUACAAACUAAAUUCAAAGUGGUCUGCAUUGCUAUGGGCAGGGUGGGCAGUUUGCAUUUCACAUUCGGGCCACCUAGGAGAUUCCUUUGGGGGAAGCCAAAAGCUGGUGCCGACUGCAGGUAUCCAAGAUUUUGAGAGUCUCCAGGGCUGCCCUCUGCACCCCAGGAUCUGUGUCCAACUGUAGCUCCUGGAGGGCUGAGAGCACAAAUGGGAGGGUCAGGACCUGGCAGUUGGGCUGCGCCCCCUGCCCUCUGCUCUUGCCCACAGGCAGGUGGAGCUGUCUUCACACACAUCAGCCAUCUCUCAGGGCUUCCCUUCUCUAAGGGACAGUGGGAUCCCCAGAACCCCAAUUGCCGCCUGGAUCAGGGCGGAAGCAUUUUACUAAUGUUUGUGAAGGGGGAGGGGGCAGAAGCCCAGAACAAUUGUGCCCCCUCCUCCUCCCAACACCACCCCUCAAAGAGUUGUCUUCCUUGGAAAGCCCUCCAUAGGGCCAUCCAUCUCUCUGUGCCUGGUUACAACCCCCAACCCCCACAAAGCCCACAACCAAGGGUCAGCAAGCUGCUCCCUCAGCACUUCACUAAGCUCCCCACCUACAGUUGAGUCUCCACGACUUACAGUUCCGUAAUGCCACAAAGUCCAGCUUUUUCAGAUAAUGUUCAGACAUCUGCUUCAUAAUAACCCCUAAGUGAUAGCCAGAGAAGUGCUCAUCACAUAGGUAUUAGGUGAGUGAGAGGCCUGGCUUUACCUGACCAGGUGUCUGAGGAGUUUGUUGAGGACACCUGAGAAUCAGGCAUGUAGGCAGCAAGGUGAGACAGGAGCUCUGGACCUGACACCUGUCCCCAUCCCCUCCAGACCCAGGACUGACCCCAUGGCCUUCAAGGUCCCUCCUGCAUCAGGAGACAUCUGCCCGCUCACCUGCCAAGUUGCAGGAAGCGAUUCUGAUCCUUGACAAGUUACUUUUAAUGUAGGGCAUGGUUUCUAGCAAGAAACUGUAGAGAACAGCGGGCUUUUUCUGAGUCUGCAAAAAAACAAGCGAUACACGGAGCUGGGGCGGUUGCGGUCCCGGAUGGGAAUACAAAGUGUAUUGCCAUCUGUCUGAUGCAGGAGGGUCUGCCAAGGGGGCGAGUGACUCCGGGGUCACACAGCAAAUUGUCACUCUCUCUUAAGGGUGAUUUUUCAAGGAAAAGAAGGUGUUUUAUCUCCUAAGUUGCAGCCUCUGCUGCAUUAAACAGUGCCAUUGGGGUGUGGACUCCUGGGAUGAUUUACUAAGUGACUUCCUCCGUUCUCAAAGUGCCCAUUAUUCAUAUCCUUCCUCUGCCAAAGUCCCCAUCAUUGGACACUACAGACCUUCAGAGGAAACCAGGAAGGUUAUCAACCCAAGUUAUCAACCUGCUCUGAGUUAACAGCAAUGUGUUCCAUUAUCCAUUCUGCAGAAAACUCCUGGAGGGUGAAGCCUGUCGGAUUGGCUUUGGCCUGUCUGGCCCAGGGAAGAGAUUAUAUUCGUCCAAAACCCAUGCUGUCCAAUACAGUUGCCAGUGGCCAUGUGUGGCCCUUAAGCACGUGAAAGAUGGCUAGCCUGAAUUAAUAAUUUUUACAUUGAUUACAUGUUGAAACAAUAAAGACUUGGAGCUAUUGGGUUAAAUAAAAUCUAUGAUUAAAUU